AUGCCAACCACGCAAUUCAACGUCAAAGAAAAGUAUCGUUACCAGAAUGGUUUUGUAGAGGGUGCGUUGCCCGUAGGAACAAACUCACCCCAGAAGCCACCAUAUGGGCUCUACGCCGAGAAGCUGUCAGGCACAGCGUUCACUGCUCCAAGGCAUGAGAACCAGCAGACUUGGCUGUACAGGAUCCUACCAGCAUCGGCUCACUCGAACUUCGAACCACGAGAACACGCUACGUUCAACACAAACCCAGAGAACCAACCAGGACAGAAGAUUCACCAGAUCCCUAACCAGCUCAGAUGGGACCCCUUCGACCUUGAUGAGACGGUAGAUUGGAUCCACGGCCUCCACUUGGUCGCUGGGGCUGGUGAUCCAAGCAUGAAAACAGGCGUUGGAAUCUACAUAUUUGCAGCUGGAAAGAACAUGGAUGCUCAUGAAGCUUUCUACAGCGCAGACGGCGACUUCUUGAUCGUCCCUCAACAUGGCGUGCUAGACAUCAGAACCGAGCUCGGAAGGUUACUCGUACGACCGAACGAGAUUUGUGUCAUCCCAAGAGGUAUCAGGUAUCGUGUCGAACUCCCAGAAGGUCCGGUUCGAGGUUACAUUCUUGAGCUCUACCAAGGACACUUCCAACUGCCAGAACUUGGACCAAUUGGAUCCAACUGUCUGGCUAAUGCGCGAGACUUCCAAGCACCUGUGGCCGACUUUGACGAAGACACGGAUUCGCAAUGGACAUUGAUGGCCAAAUUUGCUGGACACCUGUUUGCUGCCAAGCAGAGCCACACACCUUUCGAUGUAGUUGCCUGGCAUGGCCUGUAUUAUCCCUACAAGUAUGACUUGGGUCGUUUCUCUACUAUUGGUUCAAUCAGCUUCGAUCACCCCGAUCCGUCCAUUUUCACAGUGCUCACGGCACAGAGUGAUCAUCCUGGUACAGCGGUGGCGGACUUCGUUAUUUUCCCUCCUCGAUGGUUGGUGCAAGAGGUAAACAGCACGAGCAGAAUCGACGCGGGUUCCAUGGCUAACAUGAUACAGGACACAUUCAGACCACCGUGGUACCACCGCAAUACGAUGAGCGAGUUCAUGGGCUUGAUCCACGGACAGUACGACGCAAAAACAGGAGGUGGUUUCCAGCCAGCAGGAGCAUCACUUCACAACGUCAUGUCAGCUCAUGGACCAGACGCCAGCACUCACGAGAAGGCAUCGAACGCCGAUCUGAAGCCCAUGAAGGUGGGAGAAGGGUCAAUGGCAUUCAUGUUCGAAAGUUGCUUCAUGGUCGGUGUGACCGAGUGGGGACUUAAGAAGUGUGCCAAAGUGCAGGAAGACUACAACGAGGAGAGCUGGACACCGCUCAAACCACACUUUAAGCGACCGCAGAAGGAAGUAGGAGAGAUCAAGAAUGGAGGCGACAGUGAGGAAGGAGCAAUUGGGAGCACAAAGCAGGUUCCACAUUGGGCGUGA